AUGAUGUAUCACGUGAUUCGGCCUCCUUCGCCGUGCGCGUCAUUUUCUUCCUGCAAGCGCCUGACAGAACCCGGAAGUAGCUGAAAGCAGGGCGACUCAGAGCGGGAUCGCAGUCAGCGCUUGAAAGGAACCGUACCAGAUCUGCCUCUCCGGAAGAUGGGAGCCAUCAAAAUCUCUCCAGAAUAUAACUGGUUUCGAAGCACAGUUUCCCUAAAAAGGAUCAUAGUGGAUGAUGAUGACAGCAAGGUGUGGUCUCUUUAUGAUGCCGGCCCCCGCAGUGUGCGCUGCCCCAUUAUAUUUCUGCCUCCAGUUAGCGGCACUGCCGACGUCUUCUUCCAUCAGAUUCUGGCACUGACUGGCUGGGGCUACAGAGUUAUCGCUCUCCAGUACCCUGUUUAUUGGGACCAUUUAGAGUUUUGUGAUGGAUUCAGGAAACUUCUGGAUGAUUUGCACUUGGAUAAGGUUCAUUUAUUUGGAGCUUCUCUUGGGGGAUUCCUAGCGCAGAAGUUUGCCGAGUACACUCACAAGUCUCCCCGAGUCCAGUCCCUAAUACUCUGUAACUCGUUCAGUGAUACCUCUAUUUUCAACCAGACCUGGACAGCAAAUAGCUUCUGGCUUAUGCCAGCUUUCAUGCUCAAAAAGAUAUUAUUGGGGAACUUCUCCUCUGGCCCAGUGGAUCCAGUCAUGGCAGAUGCCAUUGAUUUCAUGGUAGACCGGCUUGAAAGCCUAAAUCAAAGUGAACUGGCUUCUCGCCUAACCCUCAACUGCCAGAAUGCUUAUGUGGAACCUCACAAGAUCCGUGACACUGCAGUUACCAUCAUGGAUGUGUUUGAUCAGAGUGCACUCUCCAUGGAUGCCAAGGAAGAAAUGUACAAGUUGUAUCCCAAUGCCCGCAGGGCACACCUGAAAACUGGGGGGAAUUUCCCCUACCUGUGUAGAAGUGCUGAGGUCAACCUCUAUGUGCAGAUUCACUUGCGACAAUUUCAUGGUACAAGAUAUGCAGCGAUAGAUCCUGCGAUGGUGAAUGCAGAGGAGCUGGAAGUCCAGAAAAGCUGUCCUCAAACCACUGCAGAGGCAACUUAAACUCUACCACUAUAAAUACCUACAAGACAUUCGAUCUACUUGAUAUCUGACAGCAGACUUUUUUUCAUCCUGGCGAUGUCUGUCUGACACAUUUCCAAGAAGGAGCUAUAAACUAUAAACUGCCGUAGGCAAUACUCACCGCAAACCCCACGCUCAUGAUCGGACUCUUUUAUGUAGCUUAUGGCAAACUGGGGAUUUCUUGUGCGCUUUCUUUCUUCCAGCAACAAACUGCAUCAACAGCAAAUAGUUUUUUGGUCUCUAACAACACUGUUGGCAGAACAGGGACCAAUGAAUUUAAGACACACUUCUUGGGCAUAAUGGAGUUCUAAUUGAUCCUGUAAAUGUGAUCAUGGGCAGAUGAAUGUUAGCGAUUUCAGCGACACAGUGGUUAAAUUGAACAAUUCUACAAAUGAAUUCCAUGUCACUAAGUGGUCUUGCAGUUGGCAUUGCUGAAGUGAGUGUCCUUAUGGCCUCUAUCCUUGGACUAGGCUGUAUUUAGGGCUAGUAAAACCCUCACUUUGUUGCUGCUACAGCGACACGUCUUCUUUGCUAAUCCAAAAGACUUUAGGUAAGUACCACUGCAGAUAUUGCAAGGUUGCAUACAAUCAAUUUGAAAAGUGACCUUUUGCCUUUUUAUGCUUUGCUGCCUGCACAAAACGGUGAUGAUAUUAAGUCACAGUAAGUAUUAUGGUUGGUUUAGACCCCACAAACGUCUUGUGCUACUUACCAGCUAGCUCCAAAACUUGGCUACUUUCAUAGUGAAAUCCCUGUUUUUUUUCCCCAAAAUUUUAAAAACCGGGAUUCUAUGCAACAGUCUUCAAGUUAUCUGAAUAAUGCAUGAAUGUUGAUUUGAGGCCAAAUGAAUUUCCUUUCACACAUAAGUCCUGCUGCAUACAUCCAAGAGAGGAAAUCGCCCUCCGCAUAGAAGGUUUCAGGUAGUAACCCCCGUAUUCUGUUGUUUCAUGCCUGCUGUGCUGUAUGAUGCAGGAAAUUAAAUGUGGCCAUACAUGCAGAGAUUUGCUCGUUUGGCGAGGUCCUCAAACAAGCAGAUGUCUCCACUAUAUUUCCACCUUGAGGUGGGCAAUUCCGGUCUGUAGAGUCCUACGGGAAACAAUUUAUGAGACUCAGACCCAAACUGGCAACCAGCAUAUUUACCCACUUUAAUCCGCUACUCGACAUGCAACUGCCUUAUCCGCAACCCGCUAAACACCAUUAAACAGGAAGUGCUGUUGCUGCAAAGUGACAUCAUCAAAAGUGGACGGGGACAGAAAAAGGUUUUGUAAAAUUUUAAAAGGAGUAAAAUAUAGACAAUAUAACAUAAGAUAAGAAAUUUAGAUGAGACCCGCAACCUGCAGACCCACCACCCACAGCUAUACCCGCAGCCGAAAUACUACCCUUAUCCCGCAGGGUACCCGUUUUUAUUUUGCAGGUAACCACCCACUACAGGAAUCUACCAGGCUGAUCUAUUGUGGGCCCUACUGCUAUGUUCCAUAAGCCCAGUAAGAGUAUGUCAUACAAUGUGGUACCUCCACCACAAAAUGUCUGACAGAUGCCAUUCAAGUUAAGGUGGCCAUACACAAUAAGGUCCGCUCAUUUGGCAAGGUCGCCAAACUAGUGGAUCUUAACCCGAUACACCCACCAAAGUGAGGGCAAUAUUUGAUUAAUCUGAUCGUUAGGACCUAGGGCCAAACGAUCGGAUUACAAAUAAGGAAAUCAAAUAGCCGAUGUGGUCUUCAAUCGCCAAGAAAAAUCAAACCUGCACGAUCAAUAUCUGGCCAAUUUUUGGGGAGACCUGUCGGAAAACCCCAUACACUGGCAGAUAAGCCAAAUUGGUCUAAAUGAAUAUCAGCAGCUUUAAUCUGCCCGUGUAUGGUCACCUUUACUUACUGUACACGUUAUAGCAGGUCUUAACAGUGUACACAUUGUGUGGUUAUCUAUACAACUAUGGGGUAUAUUUAUUAAAGAGUGAAGUUAGAGGUCGCCUCAGUCCUCUAGAGUGAAAUUCCGCCACUCUCCAUUCAUUCCUAUGGGGCUUUGAAAGGCGUAUUUAUCAAAGAAUGAACUUUCACUUUCGCCCAUUGAUAAAUAUGCUUUUAAAAAUCCCAUAGAAAUAUACCCCUAUUGGAUGUCAAAUUUGCAGAGAACAGUUGCAGUCUGGGUCAGAAUUAUCUUGCUGCAGUGGUAAUGAAUGCUGGGGACAUCUAUGUCCAGGGAAAGACUGUAGUAGCUGCAGUUGUCAAGUCUCUGUGCUGUGAUUGGGUCGCAGGAAUUGGGGAAUGCAGCUGUACUUGUCAUUUCCUAGUCUCAGUAGAAAAUGUUUCUGGACAUCUCCUGGAAAAUGACUCUGCAAGUGUUUCAUCAUCUUGGGAUGACAAUAUCCCAUUAAGAGCUAUGGAUAAUCUUCUGUUCAUGUCUGCCUAUAGUUUUAUAUCCAGUGCAAGGGCCAGGUCAUGGCCAGAGAGAAUCCAAAGGUCCAGUGCCUUAAUCAUUUUACUGUAUAUACUGUAUAUGUAACGAUGUAGAAAUUCUGUCGGUCCUCUACUUGUUUUGUGUUUAUCUUUAUAUUAUCAAGUGCCAAUAAAUAUUGUUUGGGAUAUUCAAAUUAACUUGCUGAAUAAAACAGCAGUAUUAUCAUUUGUAUGUUGUUUAGAUAUCCUAUUAUUUUGCGUAGGCAACAACGGAUUUGUUUUCAUCGGUACCAUGUUGUGUUAAGCCUUUGAUAAUUUUGAAUAAAAUAAGGAUGUAUGAAAGCUG